GAGUCAUAUGACCCGCUCGGCUUCCUGGCCCGGCUGCUGCCGCCGCCCGCGUUCGCUGUCGCGCCGCGCGAGGAGCCGUUGGGGGGUCCGGGCCGAGGCCCGCUCGCGUGGAAGCCGCCGCCGUCCACCUGCCCGCGCGUCUGCCCCGCGUCCCAGCCGCCAUCAUGCUGGCGCUCAUCUCCCGCCUGCUGGACUGGUUCCGCUCGCUCUUCUGGAAGGAGGAGAUGGAGCUGACGCUCGUGGGGCUGCAGUACUCGGGCAAGACCACCUUCGUCAAUGUCAUCGCGUCGGGCCAGUUCAGCGAGGACAUGAUACCCACGGUGGGCUUCAACAUGAGGAAGGUGACUAAAGGGAACGUCACGAUAAAGAUCUGGGACAUCGGCGGGCAGCCCCGGUUCCGGAGCAUGUGGGAGCGGUACUGCCGCGGCGUCAACGCCAUUGUGUACAUGAUAGAUGCUGCAGAUCGGGAAAAGAUAGAAGCCUCUCGAAACGAACUACAUAAUCUUCUAGAUAAACCACAGUUACAAGGAAUCCCAGUGCUAGUCCUUGGGAACAAGAGAGAUCUCCCUAAUGCCUUGGAUGAGAAACAGCUCAUUGAAAAAAUGAACCUGUCUGCCAUUCAGGAUAGAGAAAUCUGCUGCUAUUCAAUUUCUUGCAAAGAAAAGGAUAAUAUAGAUAUCACACUUCAGUGGCUUAUUCAACAUUCAAAGUCUAGAAGAAGCUGAAAAGCAUCCCCCGAAGUCUUCCAGUCCUUCCGGCUGUAAUCCUAGAAUUAUUGUCCGUUCCUCCGAAGUACUUCCUAGAACACGGUCCUUCCUAAACCCAAGAAAUUGCCUUUUUCCGAGUUUAUUUCUCAUGUGCACUGCUGAAGACGUGUGUCUCUAACCCUUCAUACAGAACCCAGAGUCAGCCUGAGUCGCCAUGGUCAAGUCCGCACACACAGAGCUGCUCACACACGCUUGUUUCACACGGUGUGUGGAGCUUUUUUAAAAAACAUACUUUUGACCAUCUUAAAUCAAGAAAAUUGCACAUUUCUGUUCCGGUCUUUCUGGGCCAGAUUUUUAUAUUGGUUUUGGUAAACGUCUGUCUGAUAUUUCACUGUAGAGUCUAGUAGCCUCUCACCGGUACUGACCUGACCCAGCAUGGAAUUUCUAGUGCCACGCCCAGCAUUUAGGGAGCCUGCAGCCGAGUUGUGGGGGUGUGGGCGUGGCGUUUCCACCGCCCACCAGCGCAUGCGCGAUGUCUCACUGUUCACUUUAGCAGCUUUGGGGACGGCCUUCGCGGCGGGGGCAUAGGCGCUGGGCCAGGGUCGCUGGCUCUUCGCACGGGUGUCGUCUUGCGUGGUGAGGUUUUUACUCUGCUUCCUGCGACUUCUUCACCACCAGGAAGCAGCAGGGGGCAUGCGGGGGGCCUGAGUAAGGCAUGCUGUUUUGUAUCUGUCCAGAUCAUUACUUCUCUAUUUCUUCUCUUUUUUUGCUGGUUCAACACACUUUUGAGGGUUUGGGAACGGAAGAGUCCCACAGAAGCUUUAUGAGUUCAGAGUGUUCCGGCCAAUGCAAUAAAGCGUGUUCAGAAUGUCA